AAAUGUUUGAUUAACUAUUUGGUUGGGUUUAUUACACGGACCUGGCAACCCGAGGGGAAACAGACAUUCCGAGGGGAACAGAAUCGACUGCUACACCGGGUCAUGACUAGAGCAAAGCGCAUCCAAGAGGAAAGAUUCAUCUCAUUAUGCUCCCCAUAUUCUGAAUACGUUUAUUGUAAACAUUUGUAACGCUAGUGUUGAGAAUUUCUGUCUAAGCAGCUCAUUUGAAGCUAUUAACUUUCUCUGACUGACUCUUUCUCCAAUGCACAGAAGACUGAACAACGGAGCUGAUUAGGAUUUUAUUAAAAUUUUUCUGUUAAUUCUUCCCAUCUUAAUCGGGACAAAGUGUCCAAACACAGGAAACUUCUACUGAAGCAACUGAGAUCUACUGAAAGAUGGCUUUUAUUAAAGAGGAGAGUGAAGAUGUGAAGAUUGAAGAAACUUUCAGAGUCAAACAAGAAGACGCUGAGGAACAAACAAAGAUGAUGUUUAUUAAAGAGGAGAGUAAAGAUAUGAAUACUGAAGAAACAUUCAGAGUCAAACAAGAAGACGCUGAGGAACAAACAGACCUGAUGGCACUGAAAGAAGAGAGUCAAAACCUGAAUGAAAACAAAGAGAAAAAUCUGAGUGAUGAGAAGCAUCAGGAUUUCAUAACUGAAGAAAAAUCUUUCAGUUGCACACAGUCAAAAACGAUUUCCAUUCGAAAAAAAGCUCAGAAAACAGGAUCUGGGAAGUUCAUCUGCAAACAGUGUGGAAAAAGUUUCAUUCGAAAAGCAUCUCUUAAAGUACAUGAAUUUAUUCACACUGGAGAAAAGCCUUUCACCUGCCCUCAGUGUGGUAAGGGUUUUUCACAAAGAUCAGCAUUGUAUCCCCACAUGAGAACUCACACUGGAGAGAAGCCUUUCACAUGCCAGCAAUGUGGACAAAGCUUCACUGAAAGAGGACACCUUCAGGUUCACAUGAGACUUCACACUGGAGAAAAGCCUUUCACCUGCCAACACUGUGGAAAAGGUUUCAGUCAAAAUGAAACCCUUAAAACCCACAUGAGCGUUCACACUGGAGAAAAGCCUUUCACCUGCCAACAGUGUGGGAAAGGUUAUACUCUAAAUAAAAACCUUCGAAUCCACAUGAGAAUUCAUUCUGGAGAGAAGCCUUUUCCCUGCCAACAGUGUGCAAAAAGUUUCACUGUAAAAGAAAAUCUUAAAAUACAUGAAAGAAUUCACACUGAAGAGAAGCCUUACAUAUGCUCUCAGUGUGGUAAGGGUUUUUCACAAAGAUCAGCAUUGUAUCCCCACAUGAGAACUCACACUGGAGAGAAGCCUUUCACAUGCCAGCAAUGUGGACAAAGUUUUACUUAUAGCAGAAUCUUUAAGGAUCACCUGAGAAUUCACACUGGAGAGAAGAAGCCUUUCAAAUGCCAACAGUGUGGAAAAGGUUUCUCUCAAAAGAGCUACAUUAAAUACCACAUGAGAGUUCACACUAGAGAGAAGAGCCUUCUCAGCUGCCACCAAUGUGAGAGAAGUUUCCCUAAUAAUGGGAGUCUUACAGUCCACAUGAAAACUCACAACAGAGAGAACGUGUUCACAUGCCAGCAGUGUGGAAAAACGUUCUUUCGAAAAUCUAAUCUUAAAAGCCAUAUGAAAGUUCACACCGAAGAAAAACCUUUCAUCUGCAAUCAAUGUGGAAAAAGUUUUAAACAUAGUUCAGCAUUUCAUCAACACAGGCGUAUUCACACUGGAGAGAAGCCUCACACCUGUCAACAGUGUGGAAAGAGUUUCAUUGAUAAAGGAAGCCUUACAGUUCACCUGAGAAUUCACACUGGAGAGAAGCCUUUCACAUGCACCCAGUGUGGGAAAAGUUUCUCUCGAAAGGUACACCUUAAAUCCCACAUGAGAAUUCACACCUGAGAAAAGACACAUCAGCCCUUCUCCGAUGACUGUUUGUGUCAUCAGUGUGGAGUGAGUUUCAUAGAUCGAAAACAUUGUAUGAAUCAUGUCUAAUUGGAGAGAAGCCUUUCAUGUGCCAUCACUGUUCAAUCACAGCAAACCUUAGGCUACAUUUUACUCGACACCAUGUGGUCAAAAAUGUAAAAAAAAGUUUUACGUGUACACAACAACCUUUUCAAAAUUAUUCUCUGUCACCUUGUUAGAAAUACAGGUUUUAAAUGAAUUUGAAAAAGCAAAUGAAUUUAAUAACUUUUAUAAUCAUUUUGAAUUGACGGGAAAUGGUAGCAUUGAUGAAUGUAGAGAUUUGCUUAGUUCAGUAAUAUGUGAUUAUACAAAGGAUAGAAUUAUGGUGAUAGACCUUAGUGCUGUUGCUAAAAUCUUUAAAAGGCCACAUGCCAAAAAGUCCAGUGGUCCAGAUGGUUUUUCAGCUUUUUUACUUAAAACAUUUGCUGAUGAAUUAUCUCCAGCCUGGAGUCCACUAUUUCAAUGAUCACUCGACACUGGAAUUAUUCCUACAAUAUAUAAAAAAGCAGUCAUUAUCCCAGUUCCAUAUAUAUGUAUAACUUUAGACCAGUGGCGUUAACAUCCAUGGUGAUGAAAUCCCUUUAACGUAUUGUGACAGAAAAACUGAGAGAGAAUGUACUGUAUAAAUUAGAUCCUUAUCAAUUUGCGUACAAAGUAAAUAGGAGUACAGAAGAUGCUUUGAGUACAAUGACGCACCUUAUUUUAAAAUACCUUGAAAGUCCUUUAGCUUAUGUUAGAGUGUUGUUUAUGGAUCGGAGUUCAGCAUUUAUACUCUACUUCCAGAUGUUGUGUUAUCUAAGUUAAAACAGAUGGAAGUGAACCCUUACAUCGUCAAAUGGUACUAUGCAUUUCUAACAAGACGACAACAGCAAGUGAAAAUUUAUUCAACUUUAUCUGACAUAUUGGUCACAAAUGUUGGAGCUCCUCAAGGCCGUGUAAGUUCUCCCAUUCUCUUUACGUUAUAUACGAAUGACUGCAUGAAUCGGUACAUAAACAAUUACAUCAUUAAAUUUUCUGAUGAUACAACUAUACUUAGUUUGCUGACAAGAUGUCGGUAUGUACAAAUCAGAAAUAGAAGGGGUUGUGCAGUGGUUUGAGGAACAUAAUUUGAGGUUGAAUGUCAAAAUAACUAAAUGAUCUUUGACCCAAGGUUGGUGGGUGAUCAUAGUCCAAUUUUAAUUAAUGAGCAGGAAGUCGAGCAGGUAACAUCAUAUAAGUAUUUAGAUAUCAUAUAAGUAUUUAGAUAUCUACUUUGAUUUUCAGCUGCAAUGGAGCUAUGUGAACUAUGUUUGUACAGGAACUAGUCAGCGCUUACAUUUUUUGAGAAGGCUCAGGGUCUAUGGGGUGGAUAAAACUAUCAUGUUACUGUUUUACAGAUCAGCCAUUGAAUCUAUAAUAUGCUAUGGUCUUAAAAUAUGGUUCGGUGAUUUGACUGUUAAACUGAGGUCACAACUUCAGAAUGUGGUCGAAGAGCUGGAGAAAUAAUGGGUAUGUUGUCUCCACUUUCUCUUCAGGAAAUUUUUUGAGAGGUCUGUUAAGAAGCAGAGUCUUAAAAUUAUUAGUGACCCUAGUCAUAUUCUCCAUACGGAGUAUGAGCUAAUGCCCUCGGGCAGGAGAUACAGAGUUCCAAUCUGUAAGCUGAAUAGAUAUAAAUUCUCUCUAAUUCCAUUAUCUGUCAAAGUAUUGAAUAAGUGAUUGAAAUUGUUUAUGUGGGUGAGAGUGAUGUGAUGGGUAACAUGUAAUAUUAGUGUAUUAUUAGGAUUGUGUGGGAAUUAUGUUUUGGAAUGGUUUAUUAUUACUAUUAUUGUGUAUAUAUGUAAAGUGGAUGUAUACAUGUAUUUUUUUUUUUAAGUGUGUUUUGACCUGCUCUCCCAGUUGCCUAUGAUUAAUUUCUCCUAAGGGAGACAAUAAAAGAGAACUAACUAACUUGUAAACAUUACCUGUAGAGAAGUGACUAUUGUUUUUUUUGUGAUGCGUCUCUGCUCUUGGUUGUAAUAUUGAAGUAAAUCCACACUUUGCUGAAGAAGCAUUAGCAAACUCUUGAGCAGCAACAACAGUUCCAUGUACUCUGCCAUUGUUGAAUAUGUUUGUUUGCGCUUGCCUUUAAAAUUGACACACUGUGCAUGUCUACAUACCUAACAAGUGCUAUGCACGUGCAAGACAUCACCGUUUUUAGAGAUUUUGGUUUUGGGUGUUUACACAGAAACGAAAACGCUGCCAUUUUCAAAAACGUGCACUUUGAAACCUGUUUUCAAAGAUAUGCGUUUUCAGUCCCCAAAGUGUUGUUGUCGUGUAAAUGAACUGCUGGAGGCGCAGUUGCACUGUUAGUGCUCUAACUACUAGGAUAUUGCCAUCAACAUCACAAGUAAUUUGUCUUAAUGUAUUCAAUAAAA